AUGAAAUUUCUGGGGAAGAAGAUCUCUCGAGUCUCUAUUUUAAUUAUCGACUUUACAAAAUGUUUGUCAUUAAAUGAGGAGCUUUUAGCUUUCGAGCUUCCGGAUGUUUGCGCUGAAUCUGUGGACAGCAAAUCGAAUGAGAAGUGUCCACCGGAAAGCAAGGAUUCCGUCAGGUUUGCUAGUUGUGAAAAGUCAUCGAAAGGAUCUUCAAAACGGUCUAAAAGUUCUACAUACUCGAAGUCAUCUACUUCGAUGAAGAGCAAAUUAGGAUGCAGUGCUCAAUGUUCCCAGCAGGUUAAAAUGGAUUACGAGGAGCAUAAAAAAUCAUUGCCCAACAUGUGUCAGAGGCCGAAGGCAAGGUUGGAGAUUUGCAAGCCGUACAAAGAACCCAAACUCAAAGAACCCAAGAACAAAGAACCUAAGGCUGAGCCGAAAGAGCCAUUUUUUUCGGAGGAAUUGAAAGACAAGAUUAAAAGCUUCUUCGAUCCGGAAAAAAUUCAGAAGGCUUUGCCAUUCCUGGAGAAAAAGUCGAGGAAGUCCCUGAAGAAGAUGAAGAAGAUGUACUCUAAAUUCUCGAAGAAAGAUUUCCAAUGCGAUUUGGAAGAUUGCGGAAGUGCAAUUUCCCGGUGCAGUGCAUCUGCUUGCAGAAGCAGCAAAUCUUCGUCGAAGAAGUCCGCCAUGUCGAGUUCACCGAGCACGAAGAAGAAAUGCAGGGAAAGGGGAAGUUCUUCAAAGAACGUGAAGAUUGCAAAAAGCUGCUCGUUUGAAAAAAUGGCCAGCGAAUCUUCGGAAAUUUGCCGGGAUUUUGGGAAAGAACCGGAGAAGAAGAAGAGCUCCUUGUCGUGCUGCCCGAAAAGGUCGGGAGACGCGAAGAAAAAAUCGCCGAAGAAGAAAAAGGAGAAGAAGAAGAAGGAGAAGAAGAAGGGCAAGUGCAAGGACUUCCAGAUUUGCGAGUGUCCUGAAAAUACCGCCAAGUCCAGCGACUCUAAUCCUUAUCCAGAAUGCUCGAGUCCUGAAACGGAGACGCCGAAACCGGAGAAGAAGAAGAGCUCCCAGUCUUGCUGUCCCACCGGAUCUGGCAAGAAAAAGAAGAAGAGGAAGAAAGAAAACUGCAGAGGGGAAUUCGAAAUCUGCGAGUGUCCCGAGAACGAAGGUGCAAAGGAAAAUGACUCGGACACGGAAUGCUGUUGUCCUGAGGGCGUUUGCGAAGAGAACUUUUCUGACUCUAAAGAAUGUAAAUCUUAG